AUUCCACGCUGUGUGAUAUGUAUUCAAAAAUAAAGAAUCUUUUGCAUGCUCACACUCACACACACAUAUAUAAUAUACAAUUAAUCUCUCUCUUCUUUUCCCCAUUCAAUGGCAUCAAGACAUGAAUCAGAAUUCUCUUCUUCAUCUUCCUCCCUUCCUAAAACCAGAUGGUGGUCGAAAGAGACAGUGGCAAUAGUGACAGGUGCAAACAAGGGCAUAGGUUUUGCCAUAGUUAAAAGAAUGGCAGAGUUGGGAUUGACAGUGAUUCUAACAGCUAGAAAUAAUGCAAGAGGAAUGGAGGCAGUUGAGUCCUUAAACAAAUUAGGGCUGCAUGUCUAUUAUCACCAGCUUGAUGUUUCAGAUGCGUCCUCCAUUAAAGCUUUUAAUUCAUGGUUCGCCAACAAUUUCUCUGCGUUGGAUAUAUUGGUAAAUAAUGCAGCUGUAUCAUUCAACGAUAUCCACGAGAACUCGGUGGAACAUGCAGAGGCAGUAAUAUGCACAAAUUUUUAUGGUCCUAAACGACUAAUAGAGGAACUCUGGCCAACGUUUCGUUGCUCUUCCACUCUCACUCGAAUUCUUAAUAUAAGCUCCAGACUUGGACUUCUCGGUAAGCUGAGAAAUGAAGAGCUACGAAAUAUGCUAUUGGAUGAAGAAAAUUUGUCAGAAAAACAAAUUGAAGGAUUAGUGAAUUUAUUCAUAGAUAAUGUGAAAAAUGGAACAUGGAAAAGCAAAGGUUGGCCCAUAUUAUGGACAGAUUAUGCUGUAUCAAAGCUUGCGUUGAAUGCAUACUCCAAAGUAUUGGCUCGGAAUUAUAAGGGGAAGGGUAUAAGUGUCAAUUGUUAUUGCCCUGGAUUUACACAGACUUCUAUGACUGGUGGCAAGGGAAAGUAUACAGCACAAGUCGCAGCUGAUAUCGGAGUAAAACUAGCUUUGUUACCGCCAGAACAUCUUCCAACAGGAAAGUUCUAUCUAGGAUCAAAUCCGCCAAGCAUUUACUCCAAGAUUUAAGACCAUUAUUUAACAAUGAUUGGGGAUCUUUUUUGUAGAGUACAAAUAUUAAUUAUAAGCCUCAUGAGUUGGUAAAUUGUUGAAUGAAUUUAUACUCCCUCCAUUUCAUAUUAAUUGGUCCCUAUAUACUUGACACACCCAUUAAGAAAAAUAUUUAUUAGGAAUCUAUUUUACAGUAAAUUCCUUGAA